GAGCACGUUGGUGGAGUGUGGGUGGGGCUAAAUCCGCAUCCUGCCUAGGCUGUGCUGAUAGGUCGAGCGCGCUGUCAAUCAACACGCAGGGAGACGAUAAUCCCGUCACGGGUUGAUGACGUCAGGCAAGCCUCGCUCUCUCAUUGGGUGUUGUCCCGUGGGGAAAGCGGAAGCGGAAGUCGCCGGGAACGCCAUGGCGGGAAAGCGGAUGAAAGCGGUGCCAAUAUGGCGGGCGGGGCCUGGUCGUGUUUCUUGCUGCUCCUCGCGCUGCCUCCUCCGCCGGGCGGGGCCGAUGCCGGUGGGAUGGGGACGGUGCUGGGGAAGGGGCUGGAGGAGGUGACCCCGCUGCAGGAGGGCUCCGCGUUCUGCCAUGACGCCUCCCAUCAUUUCUGCUACACCAACACACGCAGCCCCAGCUGGAAGGACAUCUGGACCAGGAUGCAGAUCAGGGUGAACAGCAACCACAUGAUCCGCGUCACCCAGGUGGGCAGCGAGGAGGAGCUGAGGGAGCUGGAGGAAUCCAAGGUUUGGAGCUUCCUCUCCUCGCUGCUGAAGGAGAAGCUGAACAGCACCAACAUCGACGUGGAUCUUUACAGCAACAAAACCUGCCUGAAGGUCGAGCUGCUGGAGGCUGGGACCAGAUACUGCAUCGUGCUGACCCGCUGGUUUGACCCCAAACUGUUCCUGGUUUUCUUCCUGGGCCUGUUGUUGUUCUUCUGCGGGGACAUGCUGAGCAGGAGCCAGCUCUUCUUCUAUUCAGCUGGGAUAAGCAUUGGUUUGCUGGCCUCGCUGCUCAUCCUCAUCUACGUGAUGUCCAAGGCCAUGCCCAAGAAAAGUCCUGUUUAUUUCCUGCUGGUCGGAGGUUGGUCCUUUUCCCUUUACCUGCUUCAGCUGGUCUUCAAGAACCUGCGGGCGAUAUGCAAGUCCUAUUGGCAGUACCUGUUAGGUUACCUGCUGCUCAUGGGCUUUGUGAGCUUUGGGGUGUGCUACAGGUAUGGACCACUGGAGAAUGAACGCAGCAUCAACCUCCUCUCCUGGGCCCUGCAGCUUUUGGGCCUCGCUCUGAUGUAUUUGGGCAUCCAGAUCCGCCCCAUCGCCCUGACCUUGGUGGUCGUCGCUUUCUGCACCAAGAACAUAGACUACCCCCUGCAGUGGGUCUAUGGUGUCUAUAAGAGAAUACAGAGUGCCCGGCUGGGGCCGACCCCCCCUCGCCUGCUGACUGAAGAGGAAUAUCGCAUCCAGGGCGAAGUGGAGACACGCAAAGCCCUGGAGGAGCUUCGAAGCUACUGCAGGAGCCCAGAUUUCUCUGCCUGGACCGCAGUGUCCCGCAUCCAGUCUCCUAAAAGGUUUGCUGAGUUUGUGGGUGGUGCCUCCCACCUCACGGCCAGCGAGGUGUCCUUCCAUGAGCAGGAAUACGGCCUGGGGGGGGUGUUCGUUGAGGAGCAGCUCUUUGAGGAGGAUGAGGAGGAAGAUUUUCUCUAUGGAGAGGCAGCACGUGGCCUCACAACUCACCUGAGUGCUGCUGAUUGAGGUCAGCUGCCCCACAACCACCAGGGCAAGUAGCAGAACUGCUGUGGUUUCUCACUUUCCCGUGCCCAAAACCCUUCUAUACAGGGCCGAGCUGUGCCCAGCACUUCCAAUCCCACCCCAAGGUGGGCUGCUGCAAGCCUGGCUCUGCCGCAGAGAUGCGAGGAAGAUGAAUGGAGCUGAUUUUACCCUGCCCAGCUGAGGCACAAAAAGCUUUUCCCACUGCAGCUCUUACUGGCAGAAGGGUUGCAGGGAGCUGACCCAGUUGGGGACACUGGUCCUGACUGGAGGUGGAUUAGAGCUAUCCCAGCUCUUGGUGUAUUUGCUUGUGGUGCUCAAAUGAUAGGGGCUUCCUAUGGGGCAUAGGGACCCCCCUAUG